AUGCCGCUCUCUCACCUGAGACCCUGGGUCUGCCUGUGGCUGCUGGACUUGGCGUUACUGUGGCUGCUUCAGGGGACUCUGGGAGCUCUGCUUCCUGGAGGUCUUCCAGGCCUAUGGCUAGAGGGGGUCCUAAGACUUGGAGGGCUGUGGAAGCUACUAAAGCUGGGAGCGUUGCUGGACUUCGGAGUGACACUGCUACCCCUGCUCUGCCUGGUGAUGCCCCUGUUUCUGUCGCUGAGGGCCCUGGUCCCAGGGGCCUUGAGUGCACCCCCAGUCAGAGUGGCUUCAGCCCCUUGGAGCUGGCUGCUGGCCAGCUAUGGGGCUACAGCACUAAGCUGGGCAGUGUGGGCCAUUCUGAGCUUUCCAGGAGCCCAGGCGUCAGCCCAGGAGAGGAAGCAGGGCCAGGAAAACAAACAACUGAUGUGGCGGCUACUGAAGCUCUCCAGGCCAGACCUGCCUUUCCUCAUUGCCGCCUUCUUCUUCCUUGUUAUAGCGGUGGUGGGUGAGAUGAUCAUUCCUCUCUAUUCUGGUCGGGUGAUUGACAUCCUGAGAGGUAACUUUGACCCUGAAGCUUUUGCCAGUGCCAUCUUUUUCAUGUGCCUCUUCUCCUUUGGGAGCUUGGUGUCCUCUCAUUUCUCUGGGGACUGUAUUUUAUGCUUGGUUUUCUUACCUGCUCUGUCUUCCUCAGGGGAGCUGAACUCACGGCUGAGCUCGGAUACCACCUUGAUGAGUAACUGGCUUCCUUUUAAUGCCAAUGUACUCUUGCGAAGCCUGGUGAAAGUGGUGGGACUAUAUUGCUUCAUGUUCAGCCUGUCACCUCAACUCACUCUCCUCUCUCUGCUCAACAUGCCGCUCUCAUUAGCAGCUGACAAGGUGUACAAUGCACGCCAUCAGGCGUUGCUUAGGGAGAUCCAGGAUGCCAUGGCAAAGGGAGGACAGAUAGUGCAGGAGGCAGUUGGAGGGUUGCAGACUGUCCGGAGUUUUGGGGCAGAGGAACAUGAAGUCUGUCGCUAUAAGGAGGCCCUUGAACAUUGCCAGCAACUGUGGUGGCGACGAGACCUGGAACGAGCCCUGUAUCUGCUUUUCCGGAGGUUGCUGGAAUUGGCAGUGCACGUGCUGAUGCUAAGCUGUGGCCUACAGCAGAUACUGGCUGGGGAGCUCACGCAAGGCAGGCUACUCUCUUUUCUGCUCUACCAAGAGGAUGUGGCACAUCAUGUGUUCCUAACUCUUCCUUGGAUUCUCCAGGGGCUGUCCUUCACCCUUUAUCCUGGUCAAGUGACUGCACUGCUGGGGCCCAAUGGAUCUGGCAAGAGCACGAUUGCUGCCCUCCUGCAGAAUCUGUACCAGCCCACAGGGGGCCGGCUGCUGCUGGAUGGGGAGCCCAUCUCCCAAUAUGAGCAUCAUUACCUGCAUAGAAAGGUGGCUUUGGUUGGGCAGGAGCCUGUGCUGUUCUCUGGCUCUGUGAGGGACAACAUUGCUUAUGGGCUGGAGAACUGCAAGGAUGAGGAGGUUAUGGCUGCUGCAAAGGCUGCCCACGCAGAUACCUUCAUAGAGGAAAUGGAGCAUGGGAUACACACAGACAUAGGCGAGAAGGGAAACCAGUUGGCUAUGGGGCAGAAACAGCGUCUUGCCAUUGCCAGAGCCCUUGUGCGGGACCCACAGAUCCUCAUCCUGGAUGAGGCCACCAGUGCCCUGGACUUUGAGUGUGAACAGCAGAUGCAGAACUGGAGAGCUGGUGGAAGCCGAACAGUGCUGGUGAUCGCUCACAGGUUGCACACGGUUCAGAACGCUGACCAGACCCUGGUGCUCAAGCAGGGAGAGCUGCAGGACCAUGCCUAGCUCAUGGAGCAGCCUGCCUGGUGCUGCAGUGACAGCUGGAAGAUUGAGGCCCCAAGGACACUGGGUCCUUCUCAGGGCCAUCUCCACAGCCCAGGAUAG